CGCGUACGUGGUGCAGAACAAGCCGCGCGUGGCCACCACAACGGCGUGCUAGACUUGUCGGUAUGAUAAAUAAGUGAAACGCCCUGUACAAGUUCUGUAAGUUUCAAUCAUCAACAACAAUCACAACAACAACAAAUAAACAAACAAACGAAGCAAUCAACAUCAGCUGCGAAAUAAUUAAUAAUAAUGAUAAUAAAAUAAAAAUGCCAAUCUCUCUUGCUCUCUCACUGAGUGUGUCCUGUGUUAAAUGCAAAGAAUACAAAUAAGAUUCGAUUUAAGCCAUGUAACUUGGAGCCAAGUGCUCGGCCAAAACAAAGUGUCUAAAUAAUAUAUGAAGUGCUCACAAAUGUAAACACAACAAAUGUAACAAACAACUCAAAUUAUUGGCAAUCACAACAACAACGACAACAACAACAACAAGAAAAUGUUGCAAAUUUGUUAUGAGUUGUUGUCAAUCGUUCUCGUCUUUUUGUUUAACAUAAUGUCGUUGCAAGGACUGAUGAUAAGUAUCGUAAUACUACAGCUCGUAACGUUGCGCGUUUAUUUUCAUAUAAGUUUACACGUAGGAUUAAGGUGCGCUCUCUGACUAGAGACACUUAAUAUCAUCCAAAAUGGCAGCAUCCAUAUAUGCCACCCCACCGCCGGAUCUGAGCAGCGAGGACACAGCGCUCUCCGAUGUCUCCAACUCAUCCACACUCAACACAAAUCGCGGCGGAGGAGGCGGCGGCGGCAGCAACAGCAGCAGCAGCAGCAACAACCACACCACCACCAGCAACAACAACAACAACAAUAACCACAGCAACAACAACAACAACACACAUGAAGCCACAGUCACAGCAACAACAAAUGCUACAUCGAGCAACCAAACAACAGCGGCAGCAGCAACAACCACAGCAGCCAUGUCACCACAUUUGGACACGGAAUCAAAGUCAAAGUCGCCAACGCUGCAACAGGCAACACAACUGGGAAGCAACACAACUGAGGCAGACGACGACGAUGAACCCGAGGCAGACGCUGAGGAGGGCGGCGAGCUGGAUCAGACGGCAAUGGCCGCAAUGGCAGCGGCAGCAGCGAAUGCAGCAGCCAUGCAGCUGCAGCUACUCGAAGCCUUGAACGAUGCGGCCAAAAAGCGACGCAAGCAACACAAUCCCAGUCGCCUUGAAGCGCUCAAUUUGAGCGGCGGCGAGGGGGAAACCGAAGCGGAGGCAACAGCAGCUGUUGCUGCUGCUGUGGCUGCUGGCGAGACAAACGAUGCGACGUCCAAUGCGGUCAUUGACUAUGAGGAGAAGCUGUCGAAAAUGCUGCUGCCCAAGUCGAUAGUGAAGCUGAAGCAGACAUUCGAGUUGCUGCAACAGCAAAAGUUGCAGCCCGCAGACAUAUCAGAGGAGGAGAAGCAACAGCAACAACAGCAGCAGGAGCAAGUGGAGCAACAGCAGCAGCAACAUGCAAUGUUGAAUCCCUAUCAGACAUAUUGCAAGCAAUGUGGCGAGAACUUUGAGACCGAGUUCAAGCUGAGUCUGCACAUGUUGCAGGAUCAUCAGCAGCAACAGUCGCCACCUCAGCAGCAACCACAGUCGGGCGAGCAGCCAUUGGAGCUGCUCAACUCUUUCAAAGUGAAGCUAGAGCGUGCCGACAGUCCAACGCAACUCGAGUUGCAGCAGCAGCAGGAGCAACUGCAGCAGCAACAGCAACAGCAACAUCAACAACAGCAGCAGCAACUCGAGCUGGCCAACGGACAUGCAGGCAGUAACAAGGAGCACGAACUCUGGUUGCAGGCCAUGGCACAGCAGCAACAACAGCAGCAACAGCAACAAUCCGCGUUGCCCGGCAUGCCACCAGGUUUUGGCUUUCCACCGGAGGCCGCAGCUCUUGGUUGGCCGCUGCUGGGCAUGCCCGGCUUCACGGGCGUCGAAGGACUCAAUCGACCACCGUUGCGCAUCUUUAAUCCGGAAGCCUAUUGCGAGCUGUGCAAUAAGGAGUUCUGCAACAAAUACUUUCUGAAGACACACAAGGCCAAUAAGCACGGCAUCUUUGAUCCAGCUGGCGAUUUGAGUGCGCCCGGCAACAACAGCAACAACAGUCUCGGCAAUCUCAACAACAACAACAGCCUGAGCAACAACAACAGCAGCAGCAUGAGCAUGAACAAUAGCAGCAACAGCAAUAGUAACAGCAACAAUAACAGCAGCAACAGCAGCGGUGGCGCCACCUCCAUGUUCCAGCAGCUGCAAAUGCCACGCGAGCAGCAACCACAAAAGCCAGAGCCACAAUUGACGCCACCAGCACCGCCGACAGUUCACUGUGACAUCUGUUCAAAGCGUUUCACCAACGUCUUUGCCAUGCGUCGACAUCGCGCCAAGCAGCACGAGUCUGCCGCAGCAGCAGCCACAGCUGGCACAGCUGCCCCUUCACCCACCUUGCAACAGCGACGCGGCAGCCCAAAUGAAUCCCAAGCGCCAGUGAAGCUGGAGCCGCUGCUCGAUGCGCCUCUCCCUGCUGAAGCUAAGCCGUAUCAGCUUCCCGAAGGUUUUCGCGAGGACUUCACACUCGAGCAGGAGGAGCUGCCAUUUGCGCCGCAGCCGCGCAAGUUGCCGCCACAGUUGCAGCAACAGGCACGCGACGCCAACUGUGCGCCGGAGAAGCUGCGACGUCUUGGGGUGCUGUUACCAGAGGCAUUCUGUGAGCUGUGCUGCAAGGAGUACGCCAAUCGUUACUUUUUGCGCACGCACAAAUGGAAGCGCCACGGCGUGUUUGUGCCACCAGAUGAUUUGCAACUGAGUGGCAAAGACGAACAGCAGCCACUCAUGUCAGCUGGUUGGCCAUUCAUGCCACUCAAUCUGAUGCUAGCCAAGGCAGCAGCCGAUCAAGAGCAACAACAGCAACAAGAGCAACAGCAACUAUCUGAAGCAGAGCCGGAACAACAGCAACUCGAAGAGGAACUGCAAUCAGAGGAGCAGCCAAGCAAACGCAUCAAGCUCGAGCCCUACGAAGAGUCAAUGCCAGAGUCGAAGGCCGACAACAACUCGGUGAUGGGUUUGCAGAAUCUGCAGAAGCUGCAAUCGAUGCUGCAGCAACUCAACGACUUCAAUGGCAAGCGACCGUUGCCCUGUCAUCUCUGCGGUCGCGAGCUGGAGCAUCAAUAUGCGCUGCGUGCUCACCUGAUGACCGAACAUGCUGGUCAGCUGCUGCCCGAGGGACAUCCCAUGCUCUACCAGCAACAACAGCAGCAGCAGCAACAGUUGCCGCUGAAGCUGUCGCCGUUGGGCGGCGCUGGUUCGCCGCAUGCGGCAGCCACGCCCACACCGAAUGAGCUGCGCUGUUUGCAGUGCGAACGCGACUUUGCCACAACGCAGGAAUUCAAGCAACAUAUCGCCGAAGUGCAUCUGGGUCGCAUGCCCGGCAACAGCCCGUUGCGCGAAGGCUUCUACACUCCCGAGCGAGCCACAGUGGCAGCUGCAGCAGCCGCUGGCGUUGGUGGAGGCGCCUCAAGUGGCCCACCGAGGGCUGCGUACACGAUUACGCCCACUUCGAGCUACUGUGAGAUCUGCAACAAGGAGCUGUGCAACAAGUACUUCAUGAAGACGCACAUGCAACGCAUGCACGGCAUUGAGAUCGAAAACGGAGCACAGAUUGGAGGCGUUGUCUGCAACAUCUGCAACAAGGAGCUGUGCAGCAAAUACUUUCUCCGCGUGCACAAACACAACACGCACGGCAUCAUCGAGGAUGGAGCUCCGUUGCCACAGCCACGCGGUCAAAACGGCGUCAAACUCGAGGCACAACAGCAGCAGCAACAACAACAGCAGCAACAGCAACAGCAGCAGCAACAGCUGAUGGAUGCUGAGAUGCCGCUGGCUGGCGAUGCCAAUGCCAACAAUGAAGUGUGUUCGCUCUGUGCUCGCCAAUUCCGCAGCUUCAAGUGGCUGCGCACGCAUCUGCUCAACGAACACGGCGCCGCUGGCGCCGAGAAGCUGCGCGAGUUGGAGCAACCAACAGCAGCAACCGUUGCUGCUGCUGCUACACAAAACAGCCGCAGCAAGCCGAACAGUCCCACGCUGAAGAUACCCAAUGGCAAUGCCAAUGUUGCUGCCAACAACUUGCCAGCGAACAAUCUGGCGCAAGCUCUACAAAAUGCACAGCAGCAACUCUUUGGCCAGAUGCAAGGAUUGCCCAAAGGAAUGCCGCUGCCUCUGCCGUUGCCUGGCAUGUUUGAGCAGACGCCACGCUUCAAGGAGUAUCAGUGUUCGCUGUGCCCCUUCACCACACCCUACUAUGCAUUCCUCUUCAUCCACGAGCGUUCGCAUGCGUUGCUCAACAACGGAGGCGAUGGCGAUGCCAAUUUGGCUGCCGAAGCGGAGCCGCCGCGCGCUGAUCGCGAUCGAUCGUUUGCCUUGGUACAGGGCAAGGCCAGAACCAAGUCGAGUCGGGAUAGAAGUGAUGUUGUGGAGCAGCACAACGAGCCCACAAACCUGACCACCACCAGCAACAACAACAACAACAGCAACAACAGCAGUAAUAGUAAUAGCAGCAGCAGCAUCAAGGCUGCUCGCACACCGCCCACGCCCACGGUCACGCCCACAACGCCACACGCCUCGCCAGAACUGAGCCAGGCCAAUGCCGUGUCUCUGAUCGAAUCACCGAAGCCGCCGCGUUCAGCAACAGUAACUCCGACGCCAAGACGCAGCAGCUCCAAGCCGGGCACACCCAACGGGCUUGGCGCCCAACGUUCGGCGGCCACUUCGCCGUUUGAGAACUGCAGCGAUCUGGCCAAUGGCAGCGGCAAACCCGCUAGCUAUGCACAGCCCAUCAAGACGGAGGAGGCAUAUCAGAUGCAGGCCUUCCAUUUGGCCCCGGUCGAUGGCGAUGCCGAAGGUGUCUUUGCACCCGCUCUCGUCUAUUUGCCGGUGCGCAUGCGCGCCUCGGAGACGACCACGUUAAGCUUCAGGCUGACUCCAGCCUAAGCAAUGACACGGUGAAAAACCAACAGAAUUCAUCAGCACACAACACAACACUAAAGGUGUUGCCAGCGUAUGUAAGUUAAAUCCCUUCCGUUUUGUUAAGAGAACCAUUUACCACAAUUGUAGCGCAAUGACACGUGGCUAAAGUGUGGCUUGAAAGCAAGGAUUUAUCUGAGAGAAGCAGAAAAUCUAGCA